CCGAAGAACUGGGGGCUUUUCUUUUUUGGUGGAUGCUACAGCCAAACUACUGCAAAAUGGUUCCGUAUCUCGUUUUGCAUACAAUGACACACUUUCGAUUUGUUUCUAUAUGCGUUUGUAACUCGAAAUCUAUGGAAAUUAAUGUAUUUAUGGAUGGAUUUAUUUUUCUCUUAUUGUACAGAGUGAAUGCAAGUAAUUUCGUAUUUAAUUUUGUUGCUUGCCUGUUUACAUUAAUGGCACAUUUAUCUAAUCGGUAGCUGUUGUAUACUUGGAUUUAUACAGGCAAAUUGGGUGCUUUGUGUAUAAUUAAUUGUUGCAAAUUCGGAAUACAUAUUCACAUUUAUGUAUAUUCCUUAAAAAUCAGAUGGGCUUGUGUUUUCUUUGGUUGUAAUUAUAUUUUUUGUGAUUAUAUCCUGCUUGUGUACUUAAUUUGAAUGUUUAACUUGUAAAUAAGCAUUGCAAAUAUAUACAUGUUUUGUGGAUCAUAUAUACAUGUAUAUAUAUAUAUAUAUAUGUUUGAUUACCUUUUUUAUAGACAAUGGGGCUCAGUCUGUGUUUACUGUUUUCAGUUUAUGUUAAAGUAUGCUAGCAACAUGAUGAUUUGUUAUUAUUUUAUACAUGUAAUCACACACAUGUGAAAUAUUUGUGUUCAUAUUUUUGUGAACAUUUUGAUUUCCUGUUCUUAUAAGCAUGGAUUACAAGCUAUUUUAAUGGUUCGGUUUUGCAUUACUAAUGAAAAAUUGAGAUUGCACAAGAUUUUAAAAGUUUUAAAUGCGGUGAGUAAGAAUUCAUGUAAUAUUGUAACCACUGGGGAUGAAAAAUUAUAGAAAAAGGCAAAACCAAUUUAGAUUCUAGUAAUAUGUUCAGGAUUCAGAGUGAAACAAUGGAAUGAGGUGCAGCGAAUAACAAUGGUCUUAAAGGAGUUAAUUUUUUAGAUUAUGAGAAUCCUGUUGUAAUAUUGACAUAUAUUUGAGAGAUUAGGAAGUUCAAGGCCUCAUUUUUCAAAUCCACCUAAAUUUUAACCGGCGCAGUAAAAGAACAUCAGGUUUGUUGGCGGUCAUUCAAAUUUCCACUACCAAACAAAGAGUCCAAGCUGUUUUAGGUUAUAAAAUGCCAACAAUGACAGUGGUAUAGAGCUUUUGAGUUGUCGAAACUGGAAACUUCACAGCUUUUUGUGUGUGAUCUUCAUUCCCUUUCAUCAGAUUAAUUGUUCACGGAUCUUACAAAGCUGAGUUUUUGAGUCCAAAUUCUGGUCCAGAAAUAUAAGGGUGCUAAUUCUAGCCCAAGUUUCGGUAGUGUAAUGGCAAUAACUGAAAAUGCAGUAGGAGAAACUAGCAAAAGGGUCAAGGGUGCAAAGAGUGGACAUGAACAGGGUUCAAAAUAUACUCGAUACACGGAAGCACAGAUUGAGGUUCUUGAGAAAGUUUAUGCUGAGUGCUCAAAUCCAAAUUACUUUCAGCGGUCAAAGAUUUUGAGGGAACAACCUAAUUUGAGAGGCAUUGACAGCAAACAACUCAAAGUCUGGUUCCAAAAUCACAGAUCUCGUGAAAAGCAGAAGAAAGAAAAUGGUGAACUUCUGGCAGAAAACAAGAAGUUGGCUGCGGCAAACGAGCUUUUAAGGGAAGAGAAUGACUGCUUGCAGCAGAAGGUAGCCCAACUAAUAUGCGAGAAUGAGUAUCUGCAGACCCAAUUCCUCAGUUUAAUUUCUAGAAAUAAAGCUACAACAAAAACCACUGACCUGGGCCUUGCAGCUAGAGCCAACUCUCCGCAGCUGCCACUUUGGAGUGCUGAUAACAACAGCCUUCUCGUGUUGGCUGAGGAGAUCAGGGAAGAGUUCCUCUGUAAAGCUACUGGGACUGCCGUUAACUGGAAGGCUAUCUUGACAGUGAAGCUUCCCAGUCCAAGUUCAGUUGGUGCUAUUUAUGUCUCAGAUACUUGCAUUGGAGUCGCAGCACGAGCAUGCACUAUAAUUCCUAUUGAACCUGUCAAGAUAAUUGAAAUUCUCAAAGAUCGGGCCUCUUGGUCUAGGAACUGCCGCAAUGUGGAUGUACUUGCCGAAUAUCCUGCAGGCAAUGGGGGAGCUAUUGAAUUAAUUUACACACAGUAUUAUGCUCCCACUACCAUGGCCUGUGCUCGUGACUUCUGGACGUUAAGAUACACAUCUGUUUCAGUUGAUGGCAGCUUUGUGGUAUGUGAGAAAUCAGUUUCUGGUUCUGAUGCUGUUCCAAGUUCACCUGCUGUACUAGAAUUUGUGAGAGGCAGGAUGUUGGCUAGUGGCUAUUUGAUUCACCCUUGCGAAGGGGGGUCAAUAAUUCAUCUUAUUGACCACUUGGAUCUAGAGGCGUCAUCUGUUCCAGAGGUGGUUCGACCUCUUUAUGAGUCAUCUGAACUCGUGGCCAAAAAUAUGAUUGUUCCUGCACUUGAGUAUAUUGAGCAUACUGCCAGUGAGACACAUGAUAAAAGAUCACAUGCAUACGGUGAGGGACCUGCUUUUCUGAGAUCUUUCAGCCAAAGACUCAGUAGAGGCUUCAAUGAUGCAAUCACUGGUUUUACUGAAGAUGGGUGGACAUUGUUGGAUGCUGAUGCCCCUGGUGAUAUCAUUGUAUCCGUUAAGCGACUUAAGAAUUUUGAAGACAACAGAAAUUAUGAUAGUGUGAUUUGCAUGAAAGCUUCUUUGCUACUUCAAAAGGUUUUGCCUGCAAAGCUGAUGAUGCUUCUGAAAGAGCGCCGCUCUUGUUGGAUGAAUAUCAACUUAGCUGAUCAUAGUGCAGUAUUUCUGGGACCUGCCUGCUUUGCAUUUCCAGGGUCGAGGACAUACAAUUUAUCUGGAACUGGUGUGCUGCUUGGCCACACCAAUUAUGAGGAUGAGAUAUUGGAAGUUCUGCGGUUUGAUCGCAUUGCUCACCCUCAGCAUAAUGUUUCUUCAGGUGAUUUAUAUCAUUUGCAGAUUUGCAAUGGAAUGGAAGAUUCUGGCGUCGGAGCUUGCUCAGAACUAAUCUUUGCACCAAUUGACAGAACUAUAACAAAUGAUGCUGUUCUAUUAUCUUCUGGAUUUCGGAUCAUAUCAUUGCCUUCAAAUGCAGGGUUGCAGUCAUCAGCCAAUAUGAACUCAACUGGGCCAUCUAAUGCUACUAAUGUCGGAACAGCCGCAAGCAAGCCAUCCUCAGUGUUGAUUCUGGCCUUUCAAUUUCCUUUUGAGACCCAUCUUCAGGACAAAGUUGCAUCCAUUGCUCGGAAAUAUGUCCAACAUGUAAUUUCCUAUGUGAAAAAUAUUUCUUUGGAAGCAAUGCCUUCAGGUUCAAACCCUGAAACGGCCUCCAAUAAAUCAGAUCCAGCCACUAGGCUCAUGAUUGCGCCAGACUCGACUUAUGCUGCCACCCUUGCUAAUUUGAUAUGCCAGAGUUAUAGAUCGAAUUUAGGCGUGGAGAUAUUUGGCUGCAACUGCCCGAGUACCGACUCUUUGUUGGAACUGAUACGGCAUCACCAGUAUGCUAUACUGUGUUUUGCAUUCACGUCUCUGCCAGUGUGCCUGUACGCUAACCAAGCUGGGCUUGACUUGCUAGAGACCACGGCAAACAAUCUGCUAUCCUUAACGGUGGAUAGGAUACUUGGUGGCUCUAAUAAUUUCUCACUAUCUUCCAUCCUCCCAACUAUAAUGCAACAGGGGUAUGCUAUUUUACCACCUGGAUACUGCAUAUCAGAAAUGAACCGUCGGGUUUCGUAUGAACAAGCAGUGGUGUGGCAGGUACAGGGUUCAGAUGGUUCUGUUCCUUGCCUUGCGUUAGCAUUCAUGAAUUGGUCCUUUACUUGAGUUGUUUGAGCUAUCUUGGUACUUUGACGAGUUUGUAAGUAACUUCGGCUGUCUUAUAGAGUUCAUUAACCGUUUCCGUUUAAAACAACUGGAGAUUUGCCAGGAUUCGUAUUCAUGAGACUGUGUGUUGGGGGCGUGAAUGCAUCCCUGUUUAUUGACGUAAAUCAAUCAUCUAUCUUGCACAUUUAGCCUCA